UAUUCUCUUCCGCCGCACUCCCCACGCUGUUGCCCUGCGCUCGGUUCUCUUGUGGAUUCUCCGCUCUGCGUUCUGUUUGUGAAGUUCGUCGUCGUUCUCGCACCAUUUUCCUUAGCUUUGACUAAGCGACGACUCGAGACUCGGAGAGCGCGAGGGGGUCAACCUGGAGUGGUGAGGGCCAGGAGGGCGAGGGGGAGCCAGGAAGAAGUUAGCGCGGCACGAGCGUCGGUGAUGGAGAGUACUCCUGUUCGGAGUGGACUGAACAGAGCACACCUACAAUGCAGGAAUCUGCAAGAGUUCUUAGGGGGCCUGAGCCCUGGGAUACUGGACCGUUUGUAUGGGCACCCUGCCACUUGUUUGGCUGUCUUCAGGGAGCUCCCAUCCUUGGCUAAGAACUGGGUGAUGCGAAUGCUCUUUCUGGAGCAGCCUCUGCCGCAAGCUGCCGUGGCCCUGUGGGUGAAGAAGGAGUUCAGCAAAGCUCAGGAGGAAAGUACAGGGCUGCUGAGUGGCCUUCGUAUCUGGCAUACGCAGUUGCUCCCUGGUGGGCUCCAGGGCCUCAUUCUCAAUCCCAUCUUCCGCCAGAAUCUCCGCAUUGCCCUUCUGGGUGGGGGGAAGGCCUGGUCUGAUGAUACAAGUCAGCUUGGACCAGACAAGCACGCUCGGGACGUUCCCUCACUUGACAAGUACGCCGAGGAGCGAUGGGAGGUGAUCUUGCACUUCAUGGUGGGCUCCUCCAAUGCAGCUGUCAGCCAGGACUUGGCUCAGCUUCUCAGCCAGGCUGGGCUCAUGAAAAAUACUGAGCCUGGAGAGCCACCCUGUAUUACUUCUGCUGGCUUCCAGUUCCUCUUACUGGACACGCCUGCCCAGCUCUGGUACUUCAUGCUGCAGUAUCUGCAAACAGCCCAGAGCCGGGGCAUGGACCUAGUGGAGAUACUGUCAUUUCUUUUCCAGCUCAGCUUCUCUACUCUGGGCAAGGACUACUCUGUGGAGGGGAUGAGUGAUUCUUUGUUGAACUUCCUACAACAUCUGCGUGAGUUCGGGCUUGUUUUCCAGAGGAAGAGGAAAUCUCGGCGUUACUAUCCCACACGCCUGGCCAUCAAUCUCUCGUCUGGUGUGUCUGGGCCUGGGGGCACUGUGCAUCAGCCAGGCUUCAUUGUCCUGGAAACCAACUACAGACUGUAUGCCUACACUGAGUCAGAGCUGCAGAUUGCCCUCAUCGCCCUCUUCUCCGAGAUGCUCUAUCGCUUCCCCAACAUGGUGGUGGCACAGGUGACUCGGGAGAGUGUGCAGCAGGCCAUCGCCAGUGGCAUCACAGCCCAGCAGAUAAUCCAUUUCCUAAGGACAAGGGCCCACCCAGUGAUGCUCAAACAGACCCCUGUGCUGCCCCCCACCAUCACAGACCAGAUUCGACUGUGGGAGCUGGAAAGGGACAGACUCCGGUUCACUGAGGGCGUCCUGUACAACCAGUUCCUGUCACAAGUGGACUUCGAGCUGUUGCUGGCCCACGCGCGGGAGCUGGGCGUGCUCGUGUUCGAGAACUCGGCCAAGAGGCUGAUGGUGGUGACCCCGGGCGGCCACGGCGACGUCAAGCGCUUCUGGAAGCGGCAGAAGCACAGCUGAGCGGGGCUGCCUCGAAAGGGGCGGCGGGGGCGCGGCCCCAACUCAACUCACAUGCUUUUUUAAACACGCGGGGACUUUUGUUUAAUAAACUAUGGAAAUAAGCUA